GUGCGUGUGUGUGUUUGUGUGCAUGUUUGUCUGCAGCACUCACCAGGUCGGUCGGGUGCGUUCACAGCACCGAGGGCUUCCUGCUGCAUCCAUCCGCCUGACACCGAGGAGCGGCGGCGCGGCCCCGCAGGUUUUUAACAGAGACCCAGACGCUGGUGGACACGUCCCCCCCCCCCCCCCCCCUCAGGACCACAGAGCAGCUCGCCCCUCUCCUCAGCAGCAGUUUGAAGCUUCCAUCAGACUCAUGCCUGUCUGACGGGACACAGCCCCACCGUGGCCCAUGCACUGUACCCGUUUCCCUCCCUGUCCUACUCCUCCCUCAAGCUGACGCAGAACCCCAGGCACCUUCCCCCCCUCCCCCACCCCCACUCCCACCCGGUCCCCAGCGACUCGCCGCCUCCAGCCAUGGCAGCUGGCACAGAGACCGUGCACUACAUCCACCUCCACAACUCCAGCCAGUCGGUGCUGGAGGCCCUGCGCACCCAGCGGCGCGAGGGCCUCUUCUGCGACGUGACCGUGAGGAUCCACGACGCCUCGCUCCGUGCACACGCCUGCGUCCUGGCGGCGGGCAGCCCCUUCUUCCAGGACAAGCUGCUGCUGGGUCACUCUGAAAUCUCCGUGCCGCCUCUGGUUCCCGCCGAGACCGUGAAGCAGCUGGUGGAUUUCAUGUACAGCGGCUCUCUGGUGGUGCUGCAGUCGCAGGCCCUCUGCAUCCUCACCGCUGCCAGCAUCCUGCAGAUCAAGACGGUCAUCGACGAGUGCACCCAGAUCAUCUCGCAGAGGAAGGCGGCUGCGGGGGCGGCGGCUGCGGCGGCGGCUGCAGCUGCAGCAGCAGGAAGUGCAAUGCUGGGAGGAGUUCUCCCGAAACAGGAAGAGCGUGGGGGGGGCAAGGGGCGAGAGAGUGGCGGCAGCGGAAGCUGCUCUGUUGGUGGAGCAGGUGGGGGUUAUGCAAACUUCUCCAGCUUCAUGGCUGAAUGUGGGGCUAGUAACAUGGGUGCUGGGCUAGGGGGGGGCGGCGUUGGUGUCAGCGAGGGCGGCCAGGGCCAGAUGGAGCAAGCUAACACCGUGAGUCUGAUGGCGCUGGGCGACAUGGGCCCCGGCUCCAUGUGUGGGGACGGGAUGGGCUCCGGGGCCGGCACCAUCCUCAUGAAGCAGAGCUCCAGCUGCACUCAGGACGUCCGGUACAAGCUCCGGGACCUGCUGGCCCAGACGGCCAACGGAGCCAACGCCAGCAGCACGGGGAACCUGUCGGCCGGCUGCAGCUCCGGCGUGGCCAGCGUGGACAGCAUCGGCAGGGACAGCCUCCGCGGCAACACCACCGACCUCUCCGACGACCUGGUGGGGAUGGACCGGUACAGCGAGGAGGAGGACCUGGACGGGAGAGAGCGGGGGAGAGACGGAGACAGAGACAGGGGGGCGAGCCACAGCCGCAAGCAGAGGCAGCCGCUGAGACUCCAGGUGCUGGGAGGCGAGGGAGUGGUGGUGAAGGAUGAAGGGGUGCAGGACACGGACGGGAGCGUCUAUGCCUUGGAGGAAGGGAGACGAGUCGGAGAGCACGAGGGCCCCCAGGAGUCCAUGGCAGGAUUUGGACAGGAUUUCUACGAUGAGCAGGGGGUGUUCUCUGAGAGCUUCUGGCCCCAGAGCGAGCCUCCUCGGGCCAUGGCCUUCAACCCGAGAGGACGGGUCAACAAGCCUCUGACUCCGCCCCCAACCACCCAGUCCAUCAACAACCAGCUUCUGUUCCAGUACCCGGUGAGCCAGUCGCAGCCCCCGCCGUUCUACGUGGGGGGGCCCAUGGGCGGGAUCGAUAGCAUGGCGGGGACCGAGCCCAGUCAGCCGGCUCCGCCCCCGGCGCCGAUGACCCCGGCCCCACCUCCCUCCAACUGCUCUGCGGGCCCCUCCCCUUCCUCCCAGGGAUCUGAGACCUCGUUCGACUGCACGCACUGUGGCAAAUCUUUACGUUCCAGGAAGAACUACAGCAAGCACAUGUUCAUCCACUCUGGCCAGAAACCUCAUCAGUGCUCCAUCUGCUGGCGCUCCUUCUCCCUGCGCGACUACCUCCUCAAACACAUGGUGGUGCACACCGGCGUCAGGGCCUUCCAGUGCUCCAUGUGCGGCAAGCGCUUCACCCAGAAGAGCUCGCUCAACGUGCACAUGCGCACCCACCGUGCCGAGCGCACCUUCCAGUGCAACGUGUGCCACCGGGCCUUCACACACCGCACCUUGCUGGAGCGCCACGCCCUGCAGCACGCCCACCACAACCCCCAGGCCCAGGGGCAGGGGCAGGGGCGUGGAGCCGACAUGACCUCACCUACCAAGCACAGUCCUCCGGCUCUGGGAGGGCCCUCAGGUAUGGCUGGCCCCGCUGGCAUGGUCGGCAGCAUGUCCAACAUGCCCGGCCACGGAGCUUCCUCCACCUAGAGCAAGGGGCGGGGGGGAGCGGGGGGGAGUCGGCGAGCCCAUCCCUUAUUUGGUCCUAACAGCCGUGCUGAUCUUUUCUUCUGGUGGGAACUGCGCUCAAUCGUUUCAGUGCAACACCAACUUCAAUCAGGGUUCCUACACCCAGCUGGAGGUUUCCACAAGUCAGUCAAUUCAAAAGGUGGUUUUGGAAUUGCACAGAAAUCUUGUAAUAGUUAAUUGGGGGGGGGGGGGGGUGAAAUGUAGUUCCCUUUUUAAAUAGUUGUAACCCUGCGGUUGUUCCCUGUGUCGUGACAUUUGUUAGUGUGACGACAAAUAGUCGAGCUGUGGAGCAACAAUCACGCACCUUGAAGAGCAGCCAUUAAAGGUCCAUCCAAAAAGAGGACGUGUAGGAACCCUGGUUCAAAGAGCCGAGUCACCAAAGAGGUUAGGAGGACAGAGCGGCUCGGGGGGGCGGAGGCACCGGGUGAUCUAGACGGAGAUUAUGGGUAUUGAGGGUGGGUUAAGGAAAGUGAUAAUGAGAUGCAAGUUAGGGAAACCAGGGGAAAGGGUGGGCUGGUGGGGGGGGCAGGGUUUGAUUCACCCUCAAUUCAUUGAAUUCAUGUUGAGAACUGGAUUUUGAUCAUCUUUGAUAAACAAAUAUAAACAUGAACAGAGCCGUUUGUCUGAAGAUCUCAGCUGAGCAGCAAAAUGUCAAGUUCUGAUGAAAUCCAUCAGAAAACCAGAUCUCGUCUAACGAGCGUGAUGAUGUCAUUUAACCGCGUGUCCAUCAACAGCGUCCAGAACUUUAAUGUUGCAUUCACACCAAACGUGAAGAGAACACAUGAGAUACAAAGUUAAUGAAGCAACAGACGCACAAUUUGCAUCACACACAAUAUGUGAAAUAUUCAUCUAGCUGGCUCGAAUCCUCAGACUGUUCACGACCUCUCUGGCUUCUCUGGGAUUUACACAACACAACACAACACAACACAACACAACACAACACAACACAACAGAGCACAGUAGUGACCUCAGCCAGGAGUUCGUCCUCUUCUUCUUCCAGAGACCAGGCGGACUCUGGUGUCUUGUGUUUGCUUGUGUUUGCUUGUGUUGUUCUCACGAGAACCUCGAGACUCACUUGAGAACUUGCUUUGUAUUUGGUGUGAACGUAGCAUUUUAUCCCAGAAUCAAAAGAUUUCCUUCAGAUCAUUGGACGCCCGUCUUUCCACGUUGGUCUACAGACCUUCGAGGAUUUGAAAAUGCACUUUCACUUCUCAGCUGAAACUAAUUUAACAGCUAGAACCACGAAUGCUCUUAUCUGGGAACAAACAUCCUGGAUCUGCCUUUUUAUCCGGUUUGACUCCAGGACCGAUGCACUUAAAAAGAACUUCUUCGGUGACUGUGAUUAGACAGAAGGUGAGUCCAUGUUAGGUUAAUGUAAUGUCUCCUGCACACGUUGGACAUCCAGAGUUAAAUACUCUUAAUUACUGGGCUCCAUUAAAGUAGGAAAACAGGAGAUAAGUUCACACACUCGCUGAAGUCCAUGACUUCCUCACUUUCUGUAUCUCACUGUGGAUUAAAGAUUCUCAUUCAUUCUUUAAAAAAAACCUCCAGGCAGAGAAAACGCUCUUCAUGAAUUAAUUGAAUUGAAUGUGAAUGGAGCCCGAAGCUUUUCAGGAGCAGAGCGGCCGACAAAGACGGCUGUUGAUGAAUGAUUCGAUGAGGAAGGAAAGUAGUCUGAGCAGAGCGGGGCUACA